UUCCAUUAAACGGGGCGGCACAACGAAUUCUGCAUAUAUACCAGAGGUGCAGAUUAACCCCUUUCAUCGACAGGAUCAUAUAGCAACCAUGAUUUCUCUGGUCUUCGUUCUGCUCAUUGGAGCCGCUUUCGCCACGGAGGACGACAAGAUCGUUGGAGGGUAUGAGUGCAAGGCCUACUCCCAGCCCCACCAGGUGUCCCUGAACUCUGGGUACCACUUCUGUGGUGGCUCCUUGGUCAAUGAGAACUGGGUUGUGUCUGCUGCUCACUGCUACAAGUCCCGUGUGGAGGUGCGUCUGGGCGAGCACAACAUCAAGGUGACUGAGGGUAGCGAGCAGUUCAUCUCUUCAUCCCGCGUGAUCCGUCACCCCAACUACAGCUCCUACAACAUCGACAAUGACAUCAUGCUGAUCAAGCUGAGCAAGCCCGCCACCCUCAACACCUACGUGCAGCCUGUUGCUCUGCCCAGCAGCUGUGCCCCCGCGGGCACCAUGUGUACCGUCUCUGGAUGGGGCAACACCAUGAGCUCCACCGCUGACAAGAACAAGCUUCAGUGCCUGAACAUCCCCAUCCUGUCCUACAGCGACUGUAACAACUCCUACCCUGGCAUGAUCACCAACGCCAUGUUCUGCGCUGGAUACCUGGAGGGAGGCAAGGACUCUUGCCAGGGUGACUCUGGUGGCCCUGUGGUGUGCAAUGGUGAGCUCCAGGGUGUUGUGUCCUGGGGUUAUGGCUGUGCCGAGCCCGGUAACCCCGGUGUCUACGCCAAGGUGUGCAUCUUCAAUGACUGGCUGACCAGCACCAUGGCCACCUACGGAAAAGUGGGUCAGGAAAGUCCACUUUCGUUAACGCCUUACUUGGUUGGACUGGAUGGGGACGAGGGAGCAGCAGAAACCAGAGUGAUGGAGACCACCAUGAAGGCCAUUAGAUGCUCCCAUCCCACCAUGACUAACGUGAAAAUCUGGGACCUGCCUGGUAUCAGCCCCCCAAACUUUAAAGCAAAGAAUUACCUGAAGGAGGUCAAGUUUGAAACCUACGACUUCUUCGUCAUCAUCGGCACUGUGAGGUUCAAAGAGAACAACAUCAUGCAGGCCUCAGAGAUGAAGAUGUUCUACUUUGUCUGUUCGAAGAUCGACAAUGACAUCCGAGCUGAGGCAUGGAAGAAGAACUACAGGGAGGAAGAUUUGCUCUCCAAGAUCAGACAUACACACAAGAGGUCAGCCUUGAUCCAGUCUCUGCCGGUUGGCUCCAAAGUCAUGAUUGAAAAGAAGAGGAAGGAGCUUUUCAAAACUCCUUGCGUUGCAGCUGCUGCCACCUCAAACACAGCAGCCGUACCCAUCCCUGGCUUCUCAGUGGUCUGUGAGGUUGGUAUUAUGCAGGCCUUCCUCUGCAGGCCCUUCAUAGCCUUUGGACGAGAUGAGACUCUCAGAACGAGCAAGAUGUCUGAUGAAAACUUAUAUGAGGAUCUUGACAUCGACAAGGAAAUGAAGAACUACGACAUGUUUACCCCAACAGAAAAUGCAGCCAAAGCAAAGGAGCACCUGGAUCUGCUGGAGAACAAACUGGAGUUGACCAAGACCACAAUGAAGCCCAUUAGAUACAGCCAUCACACAGUGCCUAACGUGACAUUCUGGGACCUGCCUGGUACCGGCACCCCAAACAUUAAAGCAAAGAAGUACCUGAAGGAGGAAAAGUUUAAAACCUACAACUUCUUCAUCAUCGUCGGCACAAUUGACAACGACAGCCGAGCUGAGGCAUGGAAGAAGAACUACAGGGAGGAGGAUUUGCUCUCCAAGAUCAGACAGAAUUGUGAGGGGAACCUGAAGACCGAGAACAUCAAGCUGAUGUCCACAUUGUCUGUAAAACAUGCGUGUCUCUACGCGGGUCUCUACGCGUGUCUCUACGCGGGUCUCUACGCGUGUCUCUACGCGGGUCUCUACGCGGGUCUCUACGCGGGUCUCUACGCGGGUCUCUACGCGGGUCUCUACGCGGGUCUCUACGCGGGUCGCUACACGGGUCGCGGGUCUCUACGUGAGUCUCUACGCGUGUCUCUACGCGUGUCUCUACGCGUGUCUCUACGCGUGUCUCUACGCGUGUCUCUAUGCUCUCUACCACGAGUCUCUACCACGAGUCUCUACCACGAGUCUCUACCACGAGUCUCUACCACGAGUCUCUACCACGAGUCUCUACGCGUGUCUCUACGCGUGUCUCUACGCGUGUCUCUACGCGUGUCUCUAUGCGAGUCUCUAUGUGUGUCUCUAUACGAGUCUCUACGCCCAGUGUUCACCGGACAGACAGACACCAUGAGACUGCUUGCUCUGAUACUGCUGGUUGGAGCUGCUGCGGCAGUGCCCCGUGAGAAUGGUAAGAUCAUCGGUGGCCAGGAGUGUGAACCUCACUCCCAACCCUGGAUGGCCUCCCUCAACUACGGGUACCACUUCUGCGGAGCCGUGCUCAUCAAUGAGCAGUGGGUGCUCUCUGUCGCUCACUGCUGGUACAACCCCUACGCUAUGCAGAUCAUGCUUGGAGAGCACAACCUGCGUGUGUUUGAGGGAACUGAGCAGCUCAUGAAGACUCAAAACAUCAUCUGGCAUCCCAGCUAUGACUACCAGACGCUGGACUAUGACAUGAUGCUGAUCAAGCUGUUCCACCCUGUGGAGAUCACUGAUUAUGUGAAGCCCAUCCCGUUGCCCACAGGCUGCCCAUACGCAGGCCUCCCCUGCUCUGUCUCUGGCUGGGGCAACAUCGCCACUGGAGAGGAGGUAAACAUGCCCGCCCAUCUGCAGUGUCUGGAUGUGCCCAUACUGGAGGAUGAUAAGUGUGAGAUGGCCUACCCUGGCAUGCUCACCCGCAGGAUGGUGUGUGCCGGAUACAUGGACGGAGGCAGAGACGCAUGCAACGGGGACUCUGGCAGUGGUCUAGUGUGUUUGGGUGAGGUUCAUGGCCUGGUGUCCUGGGGUCAGGGCUGUGCUGUGCCCGGAUACCCCGGAGUCUAUGUCAAAGUGUGUGAGUUCCUCCCCUGGAUCGAUGAGACCAUGAAGGCCAACAUGUAACACCACUAGCUGCUUUCCUCCCUGUCUCUCAGACCUCCAAACUCUUCCUCCCUGUCUCUCAGAACUCCACUCCUCCAAACUCUUCCUCCCUGUCUCUCAGAACUCCACUCCUCCAAACUCUUCCUCCCUGUCUCUCAGACCUCCACUCCUCCAAACUCUUCCUCCCUGUCUCUCAGAACUCCACUCCUCCAAACUCUUCCUCCCUGUCUCUCAGAACUCCACUCCUCCAAACUCUUCCUCCCUGUCUCUCAGACCUCCACUCCUCCAAACUCUUCCUCUCUCUCUCUCGUUCUCCUCCUAGUUUGAUACUAAAGUGGACUCAGCACAGUGUGUAACAUGUCAAACACAAUAAAGCCUGAAGUUACACUGUC